GUUCAAACAAUGUCCUCCAGUGAGCGAAGCCCGGAGAGUCUCUGAUCACACCGGAGCCUUGGAUUUAUUUCAAGGAAAAUUCACCCGGAAACCGAGCAGCGACGCCGCGAUCCUGAGCGUAUGCCCCUGGAAAAGCUAGGGAUGAGCACCUCUCUGGGCUACAAGUCCUUCUCCAAAGAGCAGCAGACCAUGGAUAACCUGGAGAAGCAGCUGAUCUGUCCCAUCUGUUUGGAGAUGUUCACCAAGCCGGUGGUCAUCCUGCCCUGCCAGCAUAACCUGUGCAGGAAAUGCGCCAGUGAUAUUUUCCAGGCCUCGAACCCCUACCUGCCCACCAGGGGAGGCACGACGGUGGCUUCGGGAGGCCGGUUUCGCUGUCCCUCCUGCAGGCAUGAAGUGGUCCUCGACCGGCACGGCGUGUACGGGCUGCAGAGGAACCUGCUGGUGGAGAACAUCAUUGAUAUAUACAAGCAGGAGUCCACAAGGCCCGAAAGAAAGUGUGACCUGCCAAUGUGCGAAGAGCAUGAAGAUGAGAGAAUCAAUAUCUAUUGUUUGAACUGUGAAAUACCCACCUGCUCCUUGUGCAAAGUCUUUGGUGCCCACAAAGACUGUCAGGUUGCUCCUCUCACAAACGUUUACCAGCAGCAGAAGUCUGAGCUGAGUGAUGGCAUCGCAGUCCUGGUGGGCAGCAAUGACAGAGUACAAGGGAUAGUCACGCAGCUGGAGGAGACCUGCAAGACAGUUGAGGAAUGCAGCAGACGACAGAAGGAGCAGCUGUGUGAAAAAUUUGAUUAUCUCUAUUCUGUACUGGAAGAGAGAAAAAAUGAGAUGACACAAAUAAUCACUAGAACCCAAGAGGAGAAACUGGAACAUGUCCGCUCCCUGAUGAAGAAGUAUGCGGAUCACUUGGAAGCUGUGUCUAAGCUGGUAGAGUCAGGAAUCCAGUUCAUGGAAGAACCAGAAAUGGCCGUGUUUUUGCAGAAUGCAAAAACAUUGCUCCAAAAAAUUACUGAAGCAUCUAAAGGAUUUCAGAUGGAAAAAAUAGAAGACGGGUAUGAAAAUAUGAACCAAUUCACAGUGAACCUCAGUAGAGAAGAAAAGAUAAUACGAGAAAUUGAUUUUGACAGAGAGGAGGAGGCAGAAGAGGAAGAGGAGGAGACAGUAGAAGGGGAAGAUCUGGAUGAAGUUCACACGGAGUCAUCGGGAGAGGAGGGGGAGGAAGAAGAGAAGGAGGAAGAGGAGGGAGCUGAAAGAGCACCACAGCCACCUCAGCAGGACCCUGAACAGCAGAAUGCAGUGGGUGAGCCCCCAGCUGAUCCUGUCCCAGUGCCGCUGCCCGCUGCCCCAGCUGGCCAGGAUGAGGUUGUGACACCAAGUGGUUCUCAACAGACUGCAGAGUCUGACAGUCAAGUGCCACCUGCAGCAGAAACCAUCGAUCCCUUGUUUUACCCUAGCUGGUAUAAGGCUCAGCCACGGCCAGCGAGCAGCCCGAGCUCAGCCCCAGAGAGUGGGCAGGGGAAAGUUUCUCCGGAAACAAGUGCAAAGAAGGCAGAAGCCCCCGAAGUGGCAGCAGUGGAGGAGAGCGCACCAGGGAGUGGUAAGGAAAGUAAUGCCACUGCGGCGACGUCCAAGGAGUUAGCAUUCUGCAUAUCACUUUUGGCAUUUCUUAUCAUACUACAUCAUCUUUGGAAUCUGAUUCAAUACAUUUGUUCUUUCAUGGGCUGCUUCUGAGCCGUCCCCUGCAGGGCAAGCGGAGGCCGCUGCCGGGAGCAGUGAGCAGAGCACCGAGCCGACCCGACACAUCUUCUCCUUCUCCUGGCUGAACUCCCUGACCGAAUGAGGACCAGGAGGGGCCACCUGGGGCCAGUGCAGGAGCAGGCCCAGGAGGGGACACCUGAGCGGGUCAUGCUCCCAAGAGCCCACUGACCUCCGUCCACGUCUUACCAAGCCCUGGAGGCAGCAGUGUCCUGGAAGGGAUGGGAGCGUGGGGACAAAAUGGCUGUACUUCUCUAUGUAGUCAGAGUGUUUUCCAAUAAUUUCUUGUUUCCAAGGGAAAAAACGGCAUCGCUACCGAUGCAGGACAA